CCAUUUCUCUCUCUCUCUCUCUCUCUCUCUCUCUCAACUCUCAACUCUCAAUUCUCAACCCCCACUUUCUCUCUCUAAAACCCAUUCAAAUUUUCAAAAAACCCAAAAAAAAAUGGCAUCUCCUCCUCACUCAACCCACAUUUUCUCUCUCCUCAACCUCUUCACUCUCUUCACUCUACUCUCAUCUCCUUCCUCAGCAAAACAAACCCUCCAAACCUUAAACCUUAAACAACAAUCUCCUCAACUCAUCAACCUUAAAAUCUCUCCUUCCCCAAACUCUCUCUCCACCAACAAAAAAUUCGAAGGUUCCUCCAAUUUAGUCGACCUCAAAUACCACAUGGGCCCAGUUCUUUCUUCUUCCCCAAUUAACAUCUACAUUAUCUGGUACGGUAAAUGGUCCCCACAACAACAAUCUCUCAUCAAAGACUUCCUUCACUCCAUCUCACCUUCUCCUUCUCCUUCAACCUCCACUCAAACGGUGUCGGAUUGGUGGAAAACGGUGUCACUUUACACCGACCAAACAGGCGCUAAUGUCUCCCGUAACCUCCUCAUUGCCGGUGAAUACUCCGACCAUCGUUACUCCCAUGGUACCCACUUAACUAGGUUAUCAAUCCAACAAGUCAUCUCAAACGCCGUUAAAAAAGCUCCGUUCCCCGUUGACCACAAAAACGGAAUCUACCUUAUCUUAACUUCCGUAGACGUUACCGUACAAGAUUUCUGCCGUGCAGUUUGUGGGUUCCACUACUUUACUUUCCCAUCUCAAGUAGGGUACACUUUACCGUACGCAUGGAUUGGAAAUUCCGGGCAGCAGUGCCCGGAAGUUUGCGCUUACCCGUUUGCGUUACCCGGAUACAUGAGUGGUGGUGGGUUGACGGCGUUAAAACCGCCGAAUAAUGAUGUUGGUGUUGAUGGAAUGAUUAGUGUAAUUGGACAUGAAUUAGCGGAACUUUCAUCUAAUCCGUUGAUUAAUGCGUGGUAUGCAGGAGAAGAUCCAACGGCUCCUACAGAAAUUGGGGAUCUUUGUGAAGGAUUGUAUGGAACAGGUGGUGGUGGAGGGUAUACUGGUCAAGUUAUGAGAGAUAGAAGUGGGAAAACUUUUAAUAUGUAUGGGAUACAUAAGAGGAGGUUUUUAGUUCAGUGGAUUUGGAGCCCUGUUUUGAAAGCUUGUGCUGGUCCUAAUGCUAUGGAUUGAUUUUUUUUUUUUUUUAUUGUUAGGAUUAUGUUAUUAUAUAGUUUUUGUUGUUUGUAGUAUAAUAAUUUUUGGGUUUAAUUUGAGGUAAUGUAUAUUAAUUAUUAUUGUUAUAUGGUAAAAAGUGUUUUACUAGUGUUGUUA